AUGACGACAAUUGCUACUGAAUCACUUGCGAUUGUGACAACUAAUGUAACUUCUAUUACUCAUACUUCUUCAAUUGCGGCCCAUAUCGGUGAUACAAAUGAUUCAGUUCAAGCUGCAUUUGAACACAUCGAAUCAAUUCGUCGAGGUUUUGGUGUUGAUAGCGGUCUUGAUCCGACUAGUCAAUCAAUAAUCACUAAUCUUCUAGGCAUGAUUGAACGAAGUUUAGAAAGAUUAUCUAAUGAUCUCUACUUGGAACAAGGUCAUUUCGUAUUAGAACUUAUUCAAAAUGCUGAUGACAAUCAAUAUACAUUAGAUUGUGUGCCUACUCUGCGUUUUAUUCUCUCAUCCGAACGAAUACUUGUGUGUAACAAUGAAAUAGGAUUUCAACCUUGUAACAUUUCAGCAAUCUGUAAUGUCGGUGCUUCAACUAAAGGAAAACAUAAACAAGGUUAUGCUGGUCAUAAAGGUAUUGGCUUUAAAUCAGUUUUCAUGAUAUCCCAUCGACCAGAAAUUCAUUCUCGUAAUUAUCACUUACGUUUUGAUACUGUUAAUGGAACUCAACAAAUCGGAUAUACAUUGCCAAUAUGGAUAGAUCAGUACGAAGAGGAAUUGCCAAAUGUUGAUGAAUGGGCAACAUGCAUUCGUCUACCAAUUAAAAAAGAAGCACAAGAUGCUCGACUGAAAGAAAAUUUUAAGAAAAUAGAAUCAAUUUUUUUACUCUUUCUUAAUCGCUUACGACAAAUUGAAAUCAUAAAUCAACAUGAUAGUUCUCCACUUAAUAAUAAUAACCGAAUUUUCACUAGAACUGAUCAUGUUCAAGGACAAAUUAUAGAAUUACAAGAAAAGAUUAUGAAUGGAGCCAUCAUUAGUAAUUUAUGGCUUGUAGUCAAAAAAGAAAUUGAAGUACCUGCUCAUAUUAAGAAAAAAUUACGUGAUGUAAAAGGCGAUGUUGAUUCAACAAUCAUUGCUAUUGCUUAUCCGCUCAAUGGUAUUCAAGAUUCUGUAUCAUCAUUUCCACCAACUCAGCCUAUUUUUGCAUAUUUACCACUUUGUUCAUAUGGGUUUCGUUUUAUUCUGCAAGCUGAUUUUGAAGUUCCAGCAAAUCGUCAAGAAAUUCUUCAUGAUAAUCUAUGGAAUGAAUGGCUCAAAUCAGAAAUGACUUGUCUUCUUUCUUUAGCUUAUUGUGAAUUCCAACAUCUUCCUGAUUUACUUACAUCAUCUUCCAUACAUACACAACUUAAUUGUCAAAUAACACCAAUACAAAUAAUCAAAUAUUUUCUUAAAUUUGUUCCUCUACAAAAUGAAUCAAAACCGUUUUUUAAUACAUUUGUCGAUAAAAGUAUUCAAUUAUUAAUGGGUAUUAUUAAGUUACCAGUUUCACAUCAAAAUGAAAACGAAGACAUAGCUAUCAAUUGGGUUUCACCUUCUCAAUGUGUUAUUGUACGAGAUGAAUUUAUUCGAAAGAUUCUGUCACAAGAUUUAUUAUUAUCUCAUUUCAAUAGUUAUUAUGUUCAUGAACAAUUAGUCCAUGAAUGUGAUGAACAAAUUCUAUUGAAAUUAGGCUGUCGUCAACUUGAUUUUUCAGAUAUUACACGACUUAUUGAAGCAUCAUAUAAACAAAAUGAACAACAACAUCUUAAAACAACAUCAAGUAUAGAACAGAUUGCUCAAUGGCUUGUAUGUCUCGACUAUAGUCUUCAACAACAACGAGAAGAAAUGAAUUAUAAAGAACGUGAAAAUGACACAAUUACUAAACUCAAAAAGUUGAAAAUUAUUCCACUAAAAGAUCAUUCACGUUUAGUAUCUGUUGAUGAAUUUGACAAACAUACUAUCUCAUUUCCACCAAACAAAUCAACUCCGUUUUCAAAACAUCUUAAACUUGUUCUUGAUGAUAUUCCUACACUUGAUGAACAAUUACUUAAUUUUAUUGAAGAUAAAUAUCCACGACGGGUUGAUUCAAUUCGACGUCUACUUUUAAAUCUUGGUAUCAGCAAGGAAUAUAAUAUUCGAGAAAUAUAUCGUCAACAUAUGUUACCAAUUAUGGCAAAUCCAACUGGUUGGUCUACAAAAUCAGAAUCAAUAUUAGUUGCAUAUCUUUUAUGUAUUUAUGAAUACCUCUACUUACCUAAUCCUGAUAUAUUUGAAAAUGAAUUAAAAACAUUACAAAAUAAAAUGAUUAUUAAAACACGUGAUAAUAAAUUUGUUUCAUUAGGCUCGCCUGAUGUUAUUGUUCAUUUAACAUCAACGUAUGGUUCUAGAAAUUCACUUGAAUCGUUAAAUUUAUCCAAAUAUCAAUUUCUUUUCAUUUCCGAUGAUUAUUAUAAUGAGUUGUGCCGUAUCGGAUUAUUUCAUAGUGACCAUGAUAUACGUUUUUUUGCCAAAUUUCUUGAGGGCCUCAAUAUAAGCGACUCUCUACUCGUAAACGUGGAUGAAAAAUGUGAGUAUACCAUUAAAAUUAAUUUAUUAAUAAAUCUCUAUUCUUCUGCAUUAGCUUUUAUCGAUGUUCAACAACUUGCCGGUACUAAAUGGGUCUAUUUAAUUCCACAGUUAAUUGAAAUGGUUCAUGAACCAUUUAUAAUACAAGAUUAUUGUUGUGAUGAGUUCAAUAAACUUGUAUCACCAUCUGACGAAAGUCAAACAAUUGAUCUCGAUUUAUGUGUUCAGUUACUUCGAUAUUUAGAUCGUCAUCAUAAACAUAUCUCUAACUAUUAUGCAGGUUCGGUGAUGCUGACUCGUGCACAUAAAUUCGGUCAUCAUACACCAAUAAAAGGUAUAAAAUCUUCAUUUUGUAUGUCAGUACAGCAACAUGCAUGGAUUCCCGUUUAUGGUGAUACGUUACUUAAACCUGGCGAUGUAUAUUUAUUACCAGCUAAUAGUCAGACAUCAGUUUUUCGACAAUAUAUAUCUCAUUUAGAUGAAUCAAAAGUAUCGUUAAAUGAUGUAGAUUUUAUCUAUAAUAUUCUUGGUAUAAAAUCGCAAGUUGAACAUCGAACUAUGUUCGAGUUACUUAUGAAAUGGUCGUGCAAUCUUGAUAGUGAAUCAUUAUGGAACCUAGUCAAUCAGGCAAAUACUUUGGAUACUAUUCCUUGCACCCUUCCAAAUGGAUUUCGUCAAUCAUGUCUUGACACGAUUGAAAAUUUUCGUCAAAUCUAUAGUUUUCUUGCGUCAAACAAUGAAACUUGUACUCUUCUCAGUCGUUUUUGUUUAUGGCCAAUCAUAUUUAUUCCACGAAAUCAAACUACUGGUGAUUUCUUAUUCGUUCAACAGACUUUUUGGAAUGAUCCAAUAUCUCUUUUGUCAUUACAAGAUACAAUUGCAGAUUCAAAUGGUCGUAUUCCUAUAAGAUCCUAUUAUAAUGACGAUUCUAUUUUAAAUUCAUUCUUUCUUAAAAUACUUCAUGUUGAAUUACAUCCAACAGUGGAUGAUUAUUUACCAUUAUUAUCAACUGAGCAAGAUAUUAAUAAGAUUUGGCAGAUAAUUGAAAUAAUCACAAAAUUAGCCAUAGAACAGAACAAACAAAAUGACGUUCGAGAAAAAUGUCUUGAUGUUGCAUUCAUUCCAUGCAUGGGUGAUAAACAAAAAUUAGUAAAAUAUACCGAUCAUCCCUAUUAUCCACAUGAUAUAGACAUUGCCAAUCUGUUUUCAGAUAUUUUAUCAAUUAUUAAAUUACCCGGUUUUGGUAUUGAUACUAAUUUUCAAGAACAAUUCCGUUCGCUUUUUUCUAUUGAAAAUCUUGAUAAAAUCAUUCAAACUAAAGUUGAUGUUGAAAAUGAACAAUCAUCAACAAAUCUAACUGAUUUCUACAGUUGUUCUAUUGAUCUUAUUCAAUAUUUUCUUUUAAGCAAAGACAUUAUAUCGACUACUCGAUCCACUUAUUUAUCGUCUGUAUUUGCUCGCAUGCAUUUUGUUUGUGUUGAUCGUAUACAUUUAUCACAUUGUUAUGGGUCUAAUAUAAUUAAAUCAUCAUCAACAUCGUACAGUAGAGAUACUUAUAUUGAUGAAGAAUCAGGCAAAUUUUAUAUCCUAAAAAAAUAUGAAACAUCUGAAAUGCGUUAUAUCGAUGCUAUGGUUGAUUUUAUUGUUGAAAACGACGAGACGACUCGAUUACAACUUUCGUCAUGUAUCAAAAAGAUUCUACAAAGAUAUCAGACCGAUGGUGAAGAUGGUCUAGAUAAGUUACGAGAAAAAUGGACAAAGAAUUAUGAACCUAAAUGGAUUAUUCCAAAGGAAAUAAAAAUCAAUGUUCCGAUUCCACCAUCAAUACAGCACGAGAAGCCUGAGGUUACAUAUGAGGAAAUUGAACGAUUGAUGGAGGAGCCUUCUGCUCGACCAAAGCUUGCGUCAAAAAAAGUAACAAACAAAGAAAAUACCAAUCACCUAACCAGUUUUCCUGCACGAGCUGGCGCUAUCGAAUCGAAUGAAAUCUCUGAAAAAAGACUUUCAAAAGUACCAACACAAACAAAACCACAUAAUUCAGCUGAAGGAGAAAAUGCAUCAUCAAAAUCACAUUCGAAUGAUCAAAGCCAUCGAGCUCCACAACAGCAUGAUCAACAGGAUAACGAAUAUGUAGUACCCACGGGCAUAAUUACCCAACAUACUGACGUAAAUUCGAGCAACAACGAAUCAAAUAAAGAUGAGAUACAGUCAUCCAAAGGUCAAUUUAUUCAACAACGUGCUCCCAUGGUUUUUUCGGAUGUUACUUCGUUACCACCUGCUAAUUUCGAACGUAUUGUUGUUUCGAAUCUGACAAAUAUAGAUCAAAGCACGUCUUCUUCAAUUGAUGAACUAUCCAUGACAAAUUCAUCUCGUUCUAUUGGUACUGAAGCUGAUCUCAUUACAGGUCGUCAAGGUGAAGAAUUCGUUUUUCGUUAUCUUAAAUGGAAAUAUCCUCAUGAAGAGAUUAAAUGGAUCAAUCAACAAGGAGAAUCAGGUGGACCUUAUGAUAUUCAUAUGAUUAUUAAGACAGAAAAUCAUCGAGAAGAAUUUAUUGAAGUUAAAACAACUCGAUCCUAUGAUCAAAAUACAUUUUCAGUAUCUAUUGGUGAAGUUGAAUAUCUUCUUCAACAUCCAUCAAAUUACUAUAUUUAUCGAGUUUAUUAUGCAGAUAAAAUUGAUUCAUCAACGAUUACAGUGAUAAACAGAAUCAAAAGAAAUUUGCAACAAAAGCAGCUUAAGCUUUCUAUGACUUUUGAAUCUAAACUAAAUGAUUAA